GUUCUAAUAAUUUCAUUUAUUAUAAAGUAAAUAACAGUACUCCGCAUAUAACUAAAAUUACUGUAAUUAACACAUUUAUUUCGUAAUUUACAAGUAUAGAAUCGUUAAAAAAGAUAUUCAAAAAAAAGUCAAGAAAUACUAAUAUGGAAAUUUUGAAUAAAACAUCUAAAGAAAAGCCAAGAAAUUUAUGGAAACAAGUUGAUUGGGAUAAAUAUCAGACUCAUGUUACUGUUUCUUCUAUUAAUUCUGCCACUAAAUCAGAAGAGAUUGAUGAUAGUGUAAUUUAUAUGGACGAUAUAGAAAAAAGAAAAGAAGUAUAUGGUAUAUGUGGAGAAUGUAACGAAACUGGCACAGGAAAUUAUUGGUGUCAACCUUGUAAUGCAAAAAGAUUUGAAGAAAAUUUUAAAAAUUGGACUAGUGGAAAUAAAGAUAUUGAUGAAUUAAUACAACAUUCACAACUUAAUGCUGUAAUAUAUACAAAAUGUCUUGAAUGGAUACCUUUUGAAAAAUUUCAAAAUGUCACUUAUAUUACCAGAGGAGGCUUUGGUAAAAUUUAUUCAGCCGAAUGGCCUGAAGGAUUUAUUCUUAACUGGGAUAUUGAAAAUAAAAUAUGGAAUCGAUACACAGACAGAAAAGUUGCAUUAAAAAGCUUGGAUAAUUCUUCUGAAAUUAGUAAAGAUUUUUUAAAUGAGAUCAAAUCUUAUCUUCAGAUUUAUAUUCGGGAUGUUAUUUACUGCUAUGGAAUAACUCAAGAUUCAAAUACCAAAGAUUAUAUGAUGGUUUUACAUUAUUGUGAAAAUGGAAAUUUAAGAAAUUACUAUCUUAAUUCUAAUGAUGAUACGAAACUUUAUGAUUUAUCAAGAAUUGCAAAUGGACUGUUAGAUAUCCAUAAUGCUGAAAAAAUCCAUAAAGACUUACAUUCAGGUAAUAUAUUGGAAGGUGGGACUAUGUAUAUAAAUGAUUUAGGAAUGUGUCAACCAGCAAAUAAACAAAUAGUUAAAGAAGAAGGAAUUUAUGGAGUAUUACCAUAUAUGGCACCAGAAGUUUUACGUGGAUAUCAAUAUACAAAAGCAGCUGAUAUUUAUUCAUUUGGAAUAAUUAUGAAUGAGUUCCUUUCUGAAGAAAUUCCUUUUAAUGAUAUUCCUCAUGAUCAUAUUUUAACUAUUGCAAUAUGUAAAGGACUUAGACCUAAAAUUUCUGAACAUAUUCCAAAAUUUCUUGUAGAUUUAAUUAUGAAAUGUUGGGAUGCUAAAGCAGAAAAUAGACCAACUGCUAAUGAAUUGUAUCAAAUGUUAAAGAAAUGUAAUGAAACAAACAAGUAUUAUUCUCAAAUGAGGAAAUAUGGUGAUAAAAUUAGAGAAAAAAAAUUGGAAAACAAAUUAAAUGAAAAUAAGUCUGAAAGUAUUAAAACUCAUCCUCAAGCAAUCUAUACCAGUAGACUUUUAAGUUUUAAAAAUCUUUCAGAACCUGUAAAUUCAUCAGAUUUAACAUCUUUACAAAUUAAUUCAGAUGAUGCCCCAUCAGUAUCAACAAAUCUAAUUUCAGAAUGUUUUGGUUGUAAAAUUCAGCGAAUCAGGUUAGCUUGUCUAUUAAUCAUUAAGAAAGCUUAA